AUGUCCCUCCCACCUCCUCCAGGUCUCCAGCGUCCGCCAUCGCAAACCCAGAGCCAGCAACAACCACCGGCCUCGCUGCCCGCGCGCCCACCGUCGACUUCAACACCGUAUACCACCCCGUCUACCGUCUCGAGGGCGCCCAGUCAUGGCCCGGAUGCGUCUAGAGGUGCUGCCGGAGCUGGCUACGGCUUCCAGCCACGCGCGGUAGCUGCGCAGUCGUACCAGGCACCGGCACGUACGCACACUCCCGCAGCUGCUGCGUAUCCCGCCGCGUCUACAUACAGUGCUGCUCCUACAUAUAGUGCCGGCUACCAAUACCCCCAGCAGCAGCAGCAUCAACAACAUCAGCAUCAGCAUCAGCAUCAGCAUCAGCAGACAUAUCAGGCGCAGCAGACGUCCUACUAUGGACAGCCACAACCCCAACAGUCGUACGAUGCAUCUACGUACGGCAGCCAGCCCGCACACCAGACACACAAUGCGUACCAGCCGAAACGUGCCAACAACGGCUCGUACGGGAAUAGGCCGGCGCAUGCACGGUAUGGUGAAUCCUCCGGCGACCCGGAGAUGGACGCCCAGAUCGCCCAAUGGCAAAGUGCGUACAUGAGCAAAGACGGCGGCGAGGCCGCCGCUGCCGCCUCUACCACCCAGGCUCCCGGCGCAGGUCGCCGCGACGGACCAUCUGCCGCGACGGGCGCCAACACUGGCCCGCUAGGCUCCUUCCAACGCCUCCACGACCCCACGGCGUCGACAACAUCGACUCCUCCAAACGGCGCGGCGACCACGGCCUCCACGACGCCAAUUCCCGGCCAAAACCCAGCCACGGCUAUUGCUACCACCCAGGAGACCACCGAGCCAACCAAGACCGUGCUCCGCUCUGGCGGAGGCCAGACAUGGUCAGACACCACCCUGCUAGAGUGGGAUCCCGCUCACUUCCGUCUCUUCUGCGGCAAUCUGGCAGGUGAGGUAACGGAUGACUCGCUGCUCAAGGCAUUCUCCAAGUAUCCGUCCGUGCAGAAAGCUCGUGUGAUCCGGGACAAGCGCACGGAGAAGAGUAAAGGGUAUGGGUUUGUGAGCUUUUCAGACGGAGACGACUACUUCCGGGCUGCGAGGGAGAUGCAGGGCAAGUAUAUCGGAUCCCACCCGGUGCUGCUGAGGAGGGCGAUGACCGAGAUUCGGCCGGUGAGUGCGUCCAAGGGGAAGCACGGCAAGGGCAAGGGCAAGGGCAAGCAUGGCCACAGCAGCGGCAGCGGCAGCGGGAGGGAGAGCAAGCCGUCUGGGCCAGCUUCAGGCAAGGUAGCUGACGGCGGAGUGAAGAAGCAGAAGACCAAGGGCGGCCUCAGGGUUCUAGGAUAG